UAUAUAUAUGCUUUAAGGAAAUUGUCUAGUAAAUCUGGACUGACUUUCGAGGUAAUUUCUAGUUCAAACUUGGUGUACACUGUACUCUGUCUCCGGUAUUGCACCAUGCUGCAGGUGUAAAUCACUGGUGUUGGAAAAAGAACAGAUACUGCAUUUUUUUGUUCUAAAUUUUGUAAUCUUGCUCUAUAUUUUAAUAUGCCGCCCAAAACUACUCGGUGACUAAAGCAACUAGACGUCAUAUAUUACAUUGUAAAUCAUGCAUGUUGCAAUCUUAACCUUUAAAUAAUGAACAAUUUGGAGGGAUGAUCAGUUGGUGUUUUGUUAUUAAUUGUAAGUCUUCUUAUCAUGUCCAGUAUUUACUAAUGUGAUCCGAGUUCCUUGAUUGAGAGCAGCACACUGAAACAUAAAAGAAUUGCCAGAAGUUUUAUACACCUUUUGUGAAAUCGUUACUUGUUCUAAAAGUUUAAACUAAUGAAAAAAUGUAGAUUUAGUCAUUUAUAUUUAUUUUAAUAUUUAUAUCACGUGUUGGUUAGAUUCAUUCUUAAUAAGUAUAGAGUCAAAGUUUGAACUCCAAAUCUUUACUCAGAUAAGAAACAACUAUUUAUCCUAAAUACUAAGCUAACAAGAAGACGUAAAUUUAAUCAUUUAUGUUUAUCUUAACACAAUUCACUUUGGAUUGAUCACUCUAUAUCUGGUUCACUUAUGAUGCCUCAGAAACUUUAUACGUUAUGUAUGGAAAACUGAAUUGUAAUUAUGAGAUACUAUGAAUUACUUGAAUUGAGAAAUCUCUCAUCCUCUAUGCUGGUGUAUCAUGUGUAUAGAAGAUUGGCAUAUGCUGAAACGGGUCAAAUGCCUCGUGAUCUCUCUCUCUCUCCUAUGGAUAUGACAAUUUAAGUGCACAUAUAUAUAUAUAUAUAUAUAUAUAUAUAAGAGUUCUGGAUCGACUUAGUUUAAUUUGGGAAACUUUUAAUUGUAUUUCUUUUAUCCCAACUUGUGGUAUAUUUUUCUUAAGAACACUCUGCAGCUGUGAUAUUUAAUCACACCGGCCAGUUGAUGCAUUGCAUUUCUGAGAUUGGAGCCAAAGCAAUUGCUUUUGGCUAGACAUCAUACUGUUUGCUUGUUGACCGAAUAAUAAAAGACUAUAGUUUCUAAUGUCACCCCUUAGAGGUAUUCCCGUACUGGAAGGACGUACCUUUGAAUAUAUUCUUGCUCUGAAUCUUUGAAAAUCUUUGCCACUUAAAAGUUAAACCCGGAACACGUUUUUUUACUUUGAAACCGGAGUUUUAUGAGAAAUACAAAUUAAUUACGCACCUAUUUAUAGUGUUUCAAAGCACUAGACAUAUGACAGAGUUGGUGAAGUUUCCGGAUUGGGAGAAAAUGCCUUUGAGAAAAGGCGCAUGGAGUCCUGAAGAAGAUAAGAAGCUGAAAACUUACAUUAAGCGAUACGGCAUUUGGAAUUGGAGUCGGAUGUCGAAACCUGCUGGUUUGGCUAGGUCUGGGAAGAGUUGCAGGCUCCGUUGGGUGAAUUACUUAAGGCCUGAUAUUAAGCGUGGAAACUUCAGCGAGCAAGACGAUGAAACUAUACUCAAGUGGCAUGAAGUGCUGGGAAACCGAUGGUCUGCUAUUGCUGCAAAGCUUCCCGGAAGAACUGACAAUGAAAUUAAAAAUUACUGGCACACGCACUUGAAAAGACGCCUCAAGAAUAGUUCCUUAUCAACAACUGUACCACAAACAGUUGUUGAUGUUAACAAGAAUAAUUCAUCUGGGAUUCAAGAUCUUUUACUUUGUGAUGCCCCUAAAGUUUCAAACUUGGAUGACACUAGAGAUAUUAUACCGAUGUCACGACAGCUGUCAACAGAUGAUCUAUCAUCUUCAAGCACUGACCCCGCUGUUGAAAUCGAUAGAAAACAACCGAUAGAGGAGAAUUUUGGUUCAUCUAAAACAUCUGAAGAGCUCCAAACUUCAUGGGAGCAGACACUAUCAUUUCGGGAGCAGGACAUAUUCAUGCCAGAGACAGAUCCUGGAUUUGUCUGUCCAACUACUGCAGUGUGGCUCCAAGACCCCUUAUAUCAUCCAUAUAGUUCCUAUAAUGAGUUUUUGGUCGAUUUAUCAAUGCAUGCAGAGAUGUAAUAUGGCAUGUGACAGUAUCUUUGCUAAUGUUGCUUUGAGAUACAGGAAAUUGUGUUCCUUUCCUCAAAUACAUUUGAUGGUUAGUAAGUAAAAAAGCAUCAUGCAUUUGAAUCAUUAGGAUAAGUGGUCCAAUCUAAUGUGGCACUGCUGCUCGUGUGCAUCAUUACCACAACACCAAGAACUGUUUUGGGGUGAUGACUGAUAAUACAAGCUUCAAAACCUUUCCAAUGA